AUGUUCUACAAGUUUAGCCAAGGACGGUAAACAACCAUACAAGAAAAAGCUGUUAAUUUCAUCAUUCUUUUGUUUGGUUCACCUCAAAUAAUAUACCUCUUAAUAUUCCAACACCAACGUUGUUGUUAAGUUCGCAAAGCCGGUUCUGUUAUUUCCCAGUGCGAUCAGAAGAACAAGGUGAGUGGUUAUUUCUCCAUGGUUAAGAAGACGGUGUUGAAGGUUGACAUCACUUGUUCCAAAUGCAAAAGGAAACUCCUCAAGACUGUGUCUUCACUUCAAGGGGUGGAUAAAAUUGAAGCUGAUGAAGGGAAGGGUACGUUGACCGUGACAGGGGAUGCAGACCCGUAUGACAUAAUAGUUCGCAUUAGGAAAGCUGGGAAGCAUGCUGAAGUUGUGAGUGUUGGGCCUCCCCCGGCGCCUCCAAAACAAGACCAGAAGAAGCCCGAAGAAAAAAAGCCCGAAGAGAAGAAGAAGCCCGACCCGGUUAAGCAAGAACAAAAACCGAAUGAGCCCUACAUGCAGAUGCCGUAUUACUACCCACCACACCAACCGGUGGUGGUGUACAUGAACAGAUACGAGGAGCCCAAUCCAUCUUGCAUUAUAUUGUAACCACGAACACAAGUGUAGAAUGCUCAAUUUUCAGAAAAACUCAGACCAAAGGAGAGAGAAAUAUAAAAGGCACAACCAGUGGGGAAAAAAUGGAGAAUUUGUUUGGGCUGGUUUUGAAGAAGUUAUUAUUGUUUUCUGGUUGAUGAGAGAUUGGAAAUAAUUUAUGUUAGUGAUUAAGAAAGUACUUUGCAUCGUAAA